CGCCCCUUGGCGUCCACCUCUCGCGGGAUCUCUCGAGGACGCAUGGGGUCAGGUCCCAACAUGGCUGCCGAGGAGGUGGAAGUGGAUGUGGAAGGGGACGUGGUGCCAGCGGCAGCACAGCCAGGAAGUGAUGAAAAUACAGCAUCUGCUUUACAAGAUCAUUAUCUUGAUUCAUCGUGGAGAACUGAGAAUGGUCUUAUUCCUUGGACUCUGGAUAGUACCAUCAGUGAAGAGAACAGAGCUGUUAUUGAGAAAAUGUUGUUGGAAGAAGAAUACUAUUUAUCUAAAAAAUCACUUCCAGAAAAAUUCUGGCUUGAUCAAAAGGAAGAUGAUAAGAAAUACAUGAAAAGUCUGCAGAAAACAGCAAAAAUCAUGGUACACUGUCCUACAAAACCAGCCAGUUACUCAGUAAAGUGGACGAUAGAAGAAAAAGAGCUGUUUGAACAAGGGCUGGCUAAAUUUGGCCGAAGGUGGACCAAAAUUGCAAAGCUAAUUGGAAGUCGUACUGUUUUACAAGUGAAGAGUUAUGCCAGACAAUACUUUAAAAAUAAGGUAAAAGUAAAUGGUCCAGAGAAGGAAACACCAAAUCAGAAGAACAGUGAUCUUCAGGUUAAAAAUGAAGAUGAAGGCACGAAAACAUGGAUGCCAUCAGGUUUGAGGGGCCGUGCCGAUCCCAACUUGAAUGCUGUAAAAAUUGAGAAGUUAUCUGAUGAUGAAGAGGUAGACAUCACAGAUGAGGCAGAUGAAUUGACUUCUCAAGCUCCCCAAAAGAAUCUUAGUAGUGAUCUCUUACUAGAUAUCCCUAAUACUAAAAGUCCUGAAACUCAUAAAGGAGAAUUUAUUCUUUCUGACAGCCAGGAAGACCCCAUUUCUAAAUCUUCCAAGGAAUAUCAUCAGAAUAUGAAGCAAAAUGAGAUGGAAACACUUUCAAGCUCAGGAAUUAUGUUUUGGACUGAAAAACAGAGCACCAGUGACAAAAAAUCAGUUGAAUUAAAUGAUUGGAAAUGUAAUAAACUGAUGAAAAACUGUGAUAAGCAUGAUGGAAAUGGACUAAUAGAUGAUGCUUGGCAGUUGCCUUCUCCAAGGCCUUGUGAAGUUCAGAAAGAUUUGAGUGAUAAUGAAAUGCCUUUUCAUUCCCCUUGCCAAAUAGAAGAGGAGAACCAGGAGGAAGAAGAGCUUAAGGCACCAGAACAAGAAGUAGAAAUAGAUAGAAAUAUCAUUCAAGAAGAAGAAAAACAAGCAAUUCCUGAGUUUUUUGAGGGACGCCAAGCUAAAACACCAGAACGCUAUUUGAAAAUUAGGAAUUACAUUUUGGAUCAAUGGGAAAUAUGCAAACCGAAAUACUUAAAUAAGACCUCAGUACGUCCUGGCCUGAAGAACUGUGGGGAUGUUAAUUGUAUUGGACGGAUUCAUACAUACCUGGAGUUGAUAGGAGCAAUCAAUUUUGGAUGUGAACAGGCUGUAUAUAACCGGCCACAACCAAUUGACAAAGUACGAGUCAGAGAAAGAAAAGAUACAGUAGAUGCAUACCAACUUGCCCAGCGUCUGCAGUCUAUGCGUACAAGGAGGCGUAGGGUCCGAGACCCAUGGGGAAAUUGGUGUGAUGCAAAAGACUUAGAAGGACAGACAUUUGAGGUAAUUUGGACCUUUACAAAUGGCUCAUCAGUGAAAGCUGUUUUCUCAUUUGAUCCCUUCCAGUUGAUACCUUGUAAUUUUUUCAGUGAAGAAAAGCAGGAGCCAUUUCAGGUGAGAGUGGCUUCAGAAGCACUUUUAAUAAUGGAUUUGCAUGCUCAUGUUUCUAUGGCAGAAGUGAUUGGUCUGUUAGGAGGAAGAUACUCAGAAGUUGAUAAGAUAGUUGAAGUCUGUGCAGCAGAACCAUGUAACAGUCUGAGUACAGGACUGCAGUGUGAGAUGGAUCCUGUCUCACAAACACAGGCCUCGGAAACCUUGGCUGUAAGAGGCUAUAGUGUUAUCGGAUGGUAUCAUUCUCAUCCUGCCUUUGAUCCUAAUCCUUCCUUACGAGAUAUUGAUACUCAAGCCAAAUACCAGAGUUACUUUUCCAGAGGUGGUGCAAAGUUCAUUGGAAUGAUUGUUAGUCCUUAUAAUCGAAGCAAUCCUUUACCUUAUUCCCAGAUUACCUGCCUGGUUAUAAGUGAUGAAAUUAGCCCAAAUGGCUCUUAUCGUUUACCUUACAAAUUUGAAGUACAACAGAUGUUAGAGGAACCUCGAUGGGGAUUAGUAUUUGAAAAGACAAGAUGGAUAAUAGAAAAAUACAGGCUGUCCCGUAGUAGCAUUCCCAUGGAUAAAAUUUUUCGCCGGGAUUCUGACCUGACUUGUUUACAGAAACUUUUGGAGUGUCUGAGGAAAACUCUGAGCAGAGUGACCAAUUGCUUCAUCGCUGAAGAAUUCUUGACUCAGAUAGAAAAUUUAUUUCUUUCCAAUUAUAAAAGCAAGCAGGAAAAUGGAGUCCCUGAAGAGAACUUCACUAUGGGUCCAAAGGAAUUAUUAAUGUAAUUAUUUUAAAGUAAGACAUUUUAAUAUUGACAUAGUAGGUCCUGCUUCCAGAGUUAUAAUCUUGAUAUUGUUGUAAUUUAGUUAACAGAGGCACAUAUUUGAUAUUUUUCUCUAUUUUUUGUCUAAGAGGAUUCAAGAUGGCAGUGUGAGAGGUGAGGCAGUAAACUCCUCCUAAAACCACAGAUAGUGUGAAAAUAUAGUUAAUACAACUAACCCUAA